AUGAAAAGAACAUGGAACAUCGACAGUAGCCAGUUAAAAGAAGUAGGAGAAACUGGAACAGAAUCAUCAUCAUGCGUUUCGACGGAUCAUUCGUCUACUACGAAGAUUCACAAACGCGAACCAAAUCCUCCGAAUCUCAGCAAUCGAUUAUAUUUUACAAAGAUAUCAGGUCAUCCACACCGAUUCAACACAAAUGCAUUGUCUUUGAGAGAAUUGUUGGAAGCGAUCUCUCCAGUAGCAUCAAUCCACUUCAAUUUCAUGGUCGAUUUCCCGUGGUUGUUUGCUCAAUAUCCGCGACGUUGCUCAAUGUCACCGAUGACCAUAAUUGUUGGUGAAAGUAACGGUACAAGUCAAGCUGAGAUACGUGCUGAUGCAAAGAAAUGUGCGUUCGAAAAUCUGAGCGUUGGACGUGCUCGACUACCGAUUCCGUUCGGAACACAUCACACGAAGUUGUCAAUUUUCGAAAGUGAUUCUGAACGGAUUCACGUGAUUAUUUCCACUGCAAAUUUACUGCAAAACGACUGGGAAUCGAAAACACAAGCAUUCUAUCACUGCAAAGCGAACAUUCGGAAUACGGAAGAAAAUGAGGAGGAGAAAAUCGUUGAUUUUGGUAGUGAUCUCGUUGAAUACUUGAACGUUUAUUCGUCAAGCCGUGACUUUGGAAUGAUUGAAUAUUGGCGUGAUCGAAUCGCAAAUGCAGACUUUUCGGGAGUCGGUGCUCGAAUAAUCAGUUCCAUCCCAGGAUAUCAUACGGGUCAAGCGAAAGAGAAAUACGGUCAUUUACGAUUACGCAACGUGUUGGCAUCAAUGAAAUUAAAAUUGCACAAGCCAUCGUUCAUUGCACAGUUCAGCUCUAUUGGUUCACUGGGCGCUAAACCGGAUAGUUGGCUUACGGGACAAUUCCUCAAAAGUUUAGCCGGCGGACAAACUGCUGGUGCGUUCGCUUCAUCGGAAUCGUUCCAGUCAUGCUAUUUGCUACUUUUCGUUGGAUCGUAA